CCCCGCCCACUGGGGAGGCGGGGCCGCUGAAGCGUCGGGCUGCUUUAGGGCUCGCCGAGCGAGGGGGGGACGGUACCAUUUUGAUGGCUGGAGGGGGGCGACCGUAAGUCCUCCCUCGCGUCCGCACGGCCGGCCCACGCCUGGUGAGCCCGGGGCUUUGCAUGUUGCUUGCCCGCAUUGAGGAACCGGGUUUGGCGCGGACCGUAGCGGGACCCUGAAUACAUGGAGCUGGGGUUGGUGAACGUUUCCGCUGUCUUAAGAUAUUUCCUUCCAUCGCUGACUUUCAGAUUUUACCCUGCACUUCUGUCUUGGUUAUAAUUCAAAGACAUUCAAGGCAGCCCAUUCUUGAAAACAUCCUGAAACAUCCUGAAAAUUGGUGCUGUAUCCUCUGUGACUCAUGGAGCUGUAAUCUUGGGGAAAUCCAUCAGAUGUGCAAUUCCUGGUACAAUGCAGCUCCUCUGAAAUUUUGAUUCCUUUUUAAAGUCUGCACCGUGCCAUCCUGCUUGCAGUUGGGUUUUCCUUACCUUGGAAUUUGUCACCAUCAUGGGAGAGAUUAAAAUCUCUCCAGACUAUAGCUGGUUCAGAAGUACUGUGCCUCUCAAAAAGAUCAUUGUAGAUGACGACGACAGCAAGAUUUGGUCGCUCUACGACGCAGGACCCAGGAAUAUCCGGUGCCCCCUCAUAUUUCUCCCACCCGUCAGCGGAACGGCGGACGUCUUCUUCCAACAGAUACUAGCCCUGUCUGGGUGGGGUUACAGAGUCAUUGCUUUACAGUAUCCAGUUUAUUGGGAGAUCUUUGAAUUCUGCGAUGGAUUCCGGAAGCUAUUAGAUCAUCUACAACUGGAUAAAGUUCACCUUUUUGGUGCUUCGUUAGGAGGUUUCCUUGCUCAGAAAUUUGCCGAGUACACCCACAAAUCGCCCCGAGUCCAGUCCUUGAUUCUAUGCAACUCUUUCAGCGAUACCUCAAUUUUCAAUCAGUCGUGGACAGCAAAUAGCUUUUGGUUGUUGCCUGCUUUCAUGUUGAAGAAAAUUGUCCUUGGGAAUUUUGCCUCUGGUCCCGUAGAUCCUGAAAUGGCCGACGGAAUUGAUUUCAUGGUGGAUAGGCUGGAAACUUUGGGCCAGAGCGAGCUGGCUUCAAGACUCACUCUCAAUUGCCAGAAUUCCUACGUUGAACCUCAUAAAAUCCGAGAUGUUCCUGUCACCAUCAUGGAUGUAUUUGAUCAGAGUGCCUUGUCUACAGAAGCCAAGGAAGAGAUGUAUAAAUUGUAUCCCAAUGCCAGGAGAGCUCAUCUUAAAACAGGAGGCAAUUUCCCAUAUCUCUGCAGAAGUGCUGAAGUAAACCUUUAUAUCCAAAUACAUUUGCUUCAGUUCCAUGGGACCAGAUAUGCUGCUAUUGACCCCUCCAUGAUCAGCGCAGAAGAGCUAGAAGUCCAGAAAGCCAAUCUCCAAUCUAGCAACGAGCCAGAACUACCAUCGUAAUUGGACGAUCGGCCAUUCUUUCAUCUGAAGGGCCCCGCCUCUUUCCUUGUUGGCAGAUGUCCUACCCAAUCACAUCUGACCUUCUCCUUGUCUUUCUCUUUUUCCCACUAAACUGGUUAGAAUUGGGUCCUUAAAACUCAGCUGGAUGGAUUUCAUUACAUGAAAUAAGGCUACAGACACUCGCUCCCGUUUCUGUUUCACACGCUAAGUUUGGAUAAUAAAAGUUAAGGAUGCAACUUUGGAAGACUCAUUAUAAAGAAAACAAAGCAAAACGAAUGCAACUGUCGGAGACAAAACUUUUAGUACCAAAGCCUUCAUUACUGUGCUCUUAAUCGAGAAUAAAUCUUUUUAAUAUAUAUAUAUCUAUAUCUGUACAAAUCUAUUAUCUCCAUGCAGAGAGGGCCUACUAUGAACAAAUUACAGAUGCCUGUACGUUCAUUUAUAAUUUGAAUAUUUAGUUUUAAACUAUGUUGGAAGUGUCAAUGUUGCUGUUAUGUUUCUUUAUAUACUGCUGCCGCUUAAUGACUUGAAAUCAAAGGGGUUUUUUUGUAAAAUUUAUUUGCUAUCGUACUUUUGUUUUUGAAUAAAAUUUUAACUGGGCGUGGGGAGGACCCCAGUUAUUCUGCUGUUAA